AAGACCAGAGUGCAGGACUUGCUGUCCUGUAGCCUUCCUGAGGCUUCUCUCUUGAAGGUGCCUUCCAGGCACGACUGCAGGACUUGCUGACUCGGAGCUUUUCCGAGGCAUCUCUCCUGCAAAUAGCCUCAAAUCCAGUCACUGCCAUGGAGCAGAGAUCCCUGAGAGGGCCCAAGCUGGCCUGGGUGCAGGAGGAGGAAGAAGGCCCUGGAGUUGCCCCAGUAGAGGAGAUCAAAGAGGUGGUGCGGUUCAAGACUCUACAGGAGGAUGCAGCCGUGGACCGCACACAAGAGCAGGACCCCGCCCGUGGCCUCUUCCGCAGAACAGUGGAGGUGCCCGCCAUGGUGAGGUACAUCCACGAGUGGCUCAUGGACAAUCAGUUUGCUGAGCAGAGGCUGAACAAGGCCCUGCUGGAUCUCACUGAAGAACAGCCUGCUGAUGUAGUAAUGACACUCCUGUGUGUGGCCCCAUCCUGUGACAGAGCUGCUUUCACCAUGUGGAAGAGCAUCAUGUGCUCUCCCAGGACUGCCGAGCCAGUGCAGCUGAUACUCCUCGAUGUGCUGGGGAGUUGGCCAGAGCACAGCACGUUCACCUCUGAUGGGGGCAAAACUGGUGUCUUUGUCCUGGCUGUGAGUUUCUGCAACUGGCCUUUGCUGGCCCCAAGGCCACCUGUCCAGCAGCUCUCCAUCCUCCUUGCCCCACUGCAUCUCCCUGCCUCAGGCGCUGGGCUGAAACCUGGCCUCGGGGCAGCUUCAGGGGCACCAGGCCCGCUGCUCCCCCUGCGUCUCUCCGGGCCUCUCCCUCCCGUGCUCGGGCCCUGCCACACGGACACCUUGAUGGUGACAGUGUAUUUCCCCCACCUACUUGUGCAUCUGCUCUUCCAAGUGUUCUUCAGCACUCUGGAUAUGCCAGAGGAGGUCGAUACCUUCUGGAAGGGAUGCCAGCAGCAAUACGGCCUUGCCACCAGCCCCAACAGGUUUGCAGUGCGGACCCUGAAGUCCCUGCUCUGCCAAAUGGAGCACGAGGAUGUGGUGCUGGCAAUGGAACGCAAGCGUGGCUGGGACACGCUGCUGUGUGCUGACACCCACCACUAUGCUGUGGGUCUGCUGGCCAGGGUGCCCCACAGAGUCCCAGUGGUCGUGGGCCAGAGGGCCUUGUCACCGAGGAUGCUGGGGAAAGACCAGACCUCUGUGAGUCCGUCCUGGGAGAGGUUUGUCCCCCGGCCCAAAGUCUUGGUUACUUUUUCUCCUGCCAGGGAGAUAUCCCGUGUCUCCAUCCCCUUGUGCUCCCGGAUCGCUCGCUACCUGCUCCAGCUGCUCAACACACUGGAGCCACGCUGGGAGCUGCCCGCCCUGGCGUUCCUUGUGGAGGUCCUCGAGUGCCUGAACUUGAGUGGAGGCAGUGCUAACAGAGUCCUGCAAAUCUUGUCAAGGCACCUGCACAGCAAGUGCAGGGACAGGCGUCGCCUGGCGCUCAGGGCCCUUCUCAAGCUCAUUGACAAUCCCUCGAUGAGUGAAAAAAUGGGGAGCCUGACUGAAAGUCUUGUGGAGCUCCUGUGCGAUGCAGAUGGAGAGAUAGUUAGCAUGACAGUCACGCUCCUCAGCUUUAUCUCCCGGGACAAGGACAUGCUGAUAGGCAGCUCCAUUGCACUGCAGCUGGUUGAGGCGCUCCUGCCACUCUUUGACCACGACAAUAGCCAGGUGCAGCUGCUCUCCAUCCUGCUCUUCCAAACAUUGGUGUCUCUUCCACUGGAAAAGGACAAAAAGGCCCUGAAGACGCAUGUGCGCCAGAGCCUGCUGCCACUCUUCUUCCACUGCCAUGACGAGGAUGGGCGUGUGGCACAGGCUUCUCAGGAAACGCUGCUUUGUGUGGCCCAGCUCCUGAAGAGGAGGGAUCUGGAAAAAGUGGUGAAGAAGAAGAGGCUGUGGAAGUUCACCGAGUGCCUGCUGGCAGACGACAGCAGCAGAGCGGCCGAGCACCUGCGCCAGGCCAUGCCCUACCUGGAGAGCCCAGAGGAGCCCCUGCGAGAGGCGGCCAUCAGGUUCCUGGGGAUGGCCGGGCGGCAGCUGAGGGGGAAGAAGGAAGAGCUCCAGCUCAUCUGUGAGGCCCUUGAAGGCACGGCAAAUGACAUCAGCGUCGCCGUUGGAAGCCUGGCAAUUCAAACGUUGUACAUCCUCCAGGCAGUAGAGAGAGCUGGAUAUUCCCUCUUGGACAGCCUGCAUGAUCAGCUCCGCAGGGCAUGGAGGACACGGCCUCGUCUCUUGGGGCUCGGCUGGCUGCGCUGCUGGAGCUGUGCAGAGUGCUGAUCCCAGAGGCUCUGUCUGCUGGGGCCACCUGAGCCAGCAGGAGUGUUUAAUUUCUUCAAGAUUGUUCUUUCAUUCUUUUUACUUUUCUGUAGCAUAGAAAUAUAGGAUGUGUUGUAAUA